AUGAACUCCCACGCUGAUUUACCUGAAGUAUUAGCUAACAUCUUGUUGAUCGAAUUUUUUCGUUACAAAGUGCUUGGCGUAACUGUAUCCAGCUCGCUCACAGAGUGUAUUUGCUAUCAGGCUAAGGAGUCUACCAAUACAGAUGCAUUUCUGGACGAGAUCGUGGACACGCUUAUCCUCUUUGCCGAGUAUGCUGCAGCUCCAUCUGUUGGGAAUGAUAAAACCACAUUUCAGCAAAUGACCGAUGCUGACUUGUGUCGCAAAGCGAUUAUGGGUAUUGGCUUUCUGGUAUGUCGCCACGAUCGCCUGUUGUGUGACAAGCAUGUGAGCACUUUUUUUGCUCAUUUCUUCACUGUGUUUCCGUCGUCGUCUCCAACCACUUCCCCGGGAACUAGUGGCCCCGGCAAGUUCCCUACCUCCUCAUCUUACCACGAGGUUCAGUGCAUCAUUCUGGAUAAUCUGACACAUUAUCUCAUGGACAGCGAACGUCAAAUGCUUGCGGACAGCAAAUCUUGGUCUGCGCGUCACAAAUCGGAGUCUUUAAAAGAGCUAGCUGAUCAGCGCUCUGGACAUGGAAGUGCUGUGGCUCAAGAGUACCUACCUCUUGUGUUGAAGCAUUGCAUUCUAACUCAGUCACUUAAUGUUCGAACGUCAGCAUUGGGUCUGCUCUCAGUGAUACUGCGACAAGGUCUCGUGCAUCCGGUGCAAACGUUAUCCUAUCUGAUUUGUCUUCAAACGGAUCCGGACACUGGCAAUCGGUCGCGAGCAACGCAUUUACUAGCAGAAGCUGAGCGCAAAGUUCCCGGCUUCAUGGCGAUGAGAGCAGCUUCUGGUGUGCAGUUGUCAUAUCAAUUGCACUUACUACUCUUCCCAUCCGGAUCGCAUCGCAAUCCGAACCAGUCGGCUGUGCCACUUAUUCGUGGUGCCACAAUUCAAGAUAACACAAAUAUUGUUUGUGACUCCGGUGCAAAUGCUUGUCCCGUUGCUUUGAACCACGCAAUCUAUUCGAUGCUUCGUACGAAUCGUCAGAGUCGACGUUCUUUCAUUUCUAGUCUGUUAUCAUUGUUUGAUAUAGAACAGAACAAACAAGUCGCAGAUGGUGAAUCUUCCACACACCAAUCCAACAAGCCGUCUCUCGGUCAGCUUGUUUUUGUUGCUGACCAGCUCGCUCAUUUCCCCUAUUCCGUACUGGAUGAAGUCCUGUUCAUUGCGUACCAUAUUGAGCAACGUCUGAGUGUCAGCGGCUCUUCGCUCAUUCGUUUGGUACAGCAUUCGUUACUUUCAUCAAUCUUGCGUACUGAUGCGGAUUUGAAUCGUCCGAAAAAAGAAACCGUUUCGGACAAAACCCAAGCCGAGACCCGUUUGACAAAUCUUAUUGAGGCUGCUGAGACCAAAUUAUUGAAAAUGGAGCGGCAUUCCGAAAGUUCGUCUGAAGGAACGAAUAAACCAGAUUGGGAUCAGGGAGGUAAACUCCAUUCGUUGUUCGAACAAGCAUCUCAUUCAAACGCGAAAGCCCGUCAAGCUAUGAUUUCCCAGGGCCCAGUUUGUUGGCUACUACUUACUCUGCGUCAACACCUACGGGAUAUUUUCGGAGUAACCGAUAGCAAAUUGAAGGAUUACUCUCCAUCGGAUUCUCCAAAACAGUGGGAACGUCCUAUUGUUGCACCGAAACGCUCACCUAACGGGAAUCAUAUCCUUCGUUUGCCCACGCUGGUUGUUCAGUGUUUGAGCAACCCAGGUUGGCUACACUCAAAUCCUGUCCCCCCAGAUACCGUGAUCCUGUACCAGUUCAUACGUCUACGGCACCAACUGCUAGCCUUGGAAGAUUCCAGUCCGCUUGUUGGCUUUCUGAGUCCAACACCGACUUCCGAGUUGCCGAACACGAGUGCAACAGUGAAGGACGAACGAAACGAAAAGUCGAUAUCAACAAUGACUACCAAUGGCGAACCAAUUACACAUAGUACUAAGACACCGUCUCCUAAUGUGCAAUUUCCAACGGAAAAGGUGACAAACAGUUCUCCUGGUCAUUCGCGUUCGAGCAAACGUGAGAUUCAUCGUAGUUUGACAGACCAUCAUCGAACCGGUGAAUCGUCGCGUUUUGGGAGUGAAUGUAGCCGUAAUGUAGAUGCAUCUGCUGUCUCUCAUUCCGUUCCACGCCCUUCGACUAAAACUGAUGCGCCCAGCACAUCUAAAACUGAUCAUAGACAUACCGAAAAGUCGCACACUCGCAAAAGACGACCGCGUUCCAGCAGCAUUUCAUCAUUAAGCUCGUUCUCAUCAUCUGACGUCUCUUCCACGCGUUCCGGGAACCGUUCUCAAUCAACCACGAGACACUCCACUAGUGGUACACAUUUAAAGACACCUCAUACUCCAGCCAAACAAUCUCGUGUUGUAGCAAAGACCGAUUCACAAAUCACUGGUCGACUGUCCACGUCAACAAGGAAGCAUUCGAAACCAUCUGCACGUAAUACACCUCCAUUGGAGACGUCCGAAUCGCGAGUACCACAAUCAUCGCGCACAAAUGAAAGCUCGAAACGCUCGUUAGAUGAGGCCCCCACGCAUUCUGCAAAACAGAAUUCGAAGCACGCCGCACCUCUCUCCUCCCGGUCUUCGACAUCCAUGGUAUGUUAUUGA